AUGUCCUUCUCGAGGUUUUUCGGCGUGUCAGGAGGGAAAGAAUCCGUCGACCUGAAAUUUCUCCAAAUUUCUUGGAACGUCAGGCAGGAAUCAAAGACGAUUGUUUACGCUCUGAGGACGGAGAGUAGAUUGUGGUGCUGUUUUAUCUACGAGCUGAAAAUUUCCGAGGUCAAGUUCACUGGACAAGGUUGGGGUUCAGCGUCUGCCGAAGCUGAACAUCAUCUCUGGUCAUUCGAAGAUAUACUUGCCCGGAGUUGUAACUUGGAUUUUGCACCGCUUUUGUCCUGUUUGAGGCUCGCAGCCCGAACCCUGAACCCUACUACCGGGUCGCAGACCGAGGUGUUGAUUUGUUCAAUACGUUCCUCUGACCAGUUUUGGUGGAUGGUUGCCGGACAAUUUCGGGGUCUUUUCGGGAUUCGCUCGAACACCGAUAUUGGAGAAAAUGCGAUCUUAGGCUUUUAG